CAGCGAAGAAGAAGAAGGGGUGGAGCCUGAAUUCGCUUGUUGAAAAGCGUUCUUUUCUCUUUUGUGGCGCCUUUCGCCUUUUUGUGCCACAUCAACAUUAAGAGGACUCAUACCGAGGUAUUGUGUCUUCCUUUAUAACAUCCUGAGUGGCCGACGGAAAGCUAUCUUCUUGUUGUUUACAAUCAAACGCCCGCUUCGUUUCGCGCCUCGAGUAACGAACGCGCUGCAGCUGGGGUGGGGGGCACUGUUAUCGCCAUUUUGCUUCCUCAACAACCCAAGCAAGAAGUUGAUUUUUGUGCAGCAUGGCAGAGGCAGACCGACCAGGCAAGCUGUUUAUCGGCGGGCUGAAUACCGAGACCACCGAGAAGGCCUUGGAGCAGUACUUCAGCAAAUAUGGCAGGAUUGUUCAAGUUCUUUUGAUGAAAGACCGUGAAACAAACAAGUCAAGGGGUUUUGCAUUUGUGACAUAUGAUAGUCCAGCCGAUGCAAAGGAUGCUGCACGUGAGAUGAAUGGAAAGUCUCUUGAUGGCAAGGCCAUCAAAGUGGAGCAGGCUACCAAGCCUAAUUAUGACAAUGGUGGUAGACGAGGACCCCCACCCAUGCACUCUCGCAGCCGUGGCCCACCCAGGGGCCUCCGUGGAUCAAGGGGAGGUGGGAUGAGAGGCCCAUCCAGAGAUUACUAUGAUGAUGACGACGACGAACCCUUCUUUAAGGGGAUGUCAUCAAGAGGCCCCCCGCCAAUGAAGAGAGGACCCCCAAUGCGCAAUGGAGGCCCCCCACCCAAGAGAUCUGCCCCAUCUGGUCCAAUGAACAGACCCCCAAUGUCAAGGGACAGGGACCCCUAUGGUCCACCCCCUCGCAGAGACUCCAUGAUGUCCAGAAGGGAUGACUAUCCAUCACCGAGAGAUGACCACUACUCAAAGGAUGGCUACUCCAGCCGAGAUUAUAACUCAAGAGAUUCAAGGGACUAUGGUCCGCCUCCCAGGGAUUAUUCAUACCGCGAUUACUCCAGUUCCCGGGACGACUACGGCUCAAUGUCAAGGGGUUACAAUGACCGUGAUGGCUAUGGUGGAGGACGAGAUUCCAGAAACUACAUGGACCGUUCGAGUGGUGGCGGCGGAGGCGGCGGCUCAUACCGAGACUCGUUUGAUGGUUACGGUAACUCUCGCAGCGCCCCACCUUCACGGGGCCCCCCACCGUCCUUCGGUGGGGGCAGUGGAAGUGGUCGUUACGACGACUAUGGCGGCAGUUCCCGGGAUGGCUAUGGCGGGCGCGACAGUUACAGCAGUCGGAGUGAGCCGUACCCAUCUCCCCGUGGCGAGCGCAUGGGUAGGCAGGAGAGGGCUCCUCCCCCUGGCGAGAGAGGAUACCCUCCUCGCGAUUCGUACGGCUCAAGCCGCGGAGGGCCACGGGGCGGCCGUGGAGGCAGUCGACCCGACAGAGGCAUGCCUCGCAACAGAUAUUAGAAUGGACAUGGAAGUCUCGCUGAAGCAGAUGGAAGUAUUCUUGCAGCGUUCAAAGCUUUGUGGGAGAAGCCUGACAAAAGCAAAACAAAAUCCCACCAUGUCUAAAUCUGUGGAUUGCGUUUUAGCUUUAAAUUGUACCUAGUUUUCCAAAUUUUCAUGUGUUCACUUUUUUUUUUUUUUUAAUAUAUCUUUCUCAUGUGACGGUACAGUUACCGAGGGUUUUUUUUUUUAUACACGUUCAGUGCUGCUGGAAUCUGCAAUGCCCUAUAAGUUUGGCUUUCCGACUCUAAUAAAAGUUAUUAGUUGUACCCUGACCACUCUGAGCAUCAAUACUCCAACAAGACCAAACGCCUGGAUGUGAUUUUAAAAAAAAACAACA